AUGCGUCUUCUCAGGUGCCUGAUCUUCCUCGCGUUCUGCAAAGCACCGGCGCAGCUGACUGAAUUCACUGGCUGGUCUCUUCUGCGUCCGACCUCGAGCAACGUCGUCUCGUACGUCACGGAAGCCAAUGAGCUUCUGGAAGUCCGAGCGGGCGUGCCAUACCAGGAGCUGGUGCUGCAUGCGUCCAGCAACCUCGCCACCAACGCUUCCGAGAUUCGUGCCAAGUUGGUCUUUGCCACCGCUGCUGUCGACGACGACUGCCUCCCAGGACGCGCCAGCGAGGUUCCCAACAUCGUCCUUCCGCGCGUUCCUGUGCCCACGGCCUUGGACGGUGACACGCCGGGAGUGACCCCGGCGGAGACGUACGAAAACCGCUGGGGCAAUGCUAGGUUUCCCUACAGCGGUGCCUUUAAAGUCUGCUACAUGGACCUCUCGGGGUCGGCCGCCUGGCGAUUGGCCGCAGCGCCCUUCGAUGUGGUGGGCACUGGGGCCAACAGCUUCGAGUUCUGGUGCCUGGGCGACGUGACAAUUGACUGCCAACUGCAGAUUGCCGGCCUCGGCCUCAAGACCAACUGGUACCUCACGGUCGUUCCUAUGCACAGCGUCUGCGGCGCGGUCGACUUUGCCGGGUCUUUCGAUCAGAACGUGUCGACGAUCACCUCCGAGGCCGGCAGUGAGACAUCGGCCACUCACAGCCUGGGCACUCCGGUGACUUCAGGCGCGGGGACCUUCGCCGUGUGCUUCUGCCCUGGGUACAACGUGGACAGCUCCGGCGCCUCCUGCACGGUGUCCGAGGAUUUUGUCCAGCUCAGUGGCAUCCUCUACGUCACGGAAGCCUUGCCAGUCCAGAAUCCGCAUCCACAGCUCCUCUUCACGCUGCGUGUGCUCUGUGGCGGUGCCGGCGAAGGCGGAUGCCCAGCCUCCGCAGAGCCCAGGAUCAAGAUUGUGGAUGCAGCGGCCAGCAACAGCCGCCCGGCCUUUGAUGCUUUGAGUGGCUGCCGCACAGCAGCCCAGUCAGCCAGCUACAUGUCGCCAGAGAACUGCGAGAGUCCCACUCGCUGCACGCUUCCGCCAGCAGUGGCCAGCAGCACAUCGCCCGAGUGGGCCAACCUGAGAUUGUUUCCGACCUUCGAGAACAAAGCGCAGAAGCCGAUGCUCUAUGACGUCUGCUUGUGUCUCGGGUCCUGCGAUCAGUCGGCCAACUGGUUCAAGGCUGGUAGCAUCCAGACCUCGGUGAUCCAGGUGUUGCCGCAGCCCAUCGUGGCCAACAAGGUCCUUGAUUUACAGCUGCUGGGCACGCUUGGCGGCUGGUCUCCGGCCAGCGGGGCUGCGCCAGAGUUGAAAUUCCUGGAUGACGACGAAGGCGCAUUUGGAGCAACUCGCUUGCAGCGCAUCGCCGAGAGCUUGGCCGGCCACUUCUGCCUGACCAACACCGACUGCAAGGCUCCGACCGCCAGCUCCGUGAAUGGCCAUGUGUGGGAGGGCAUCCGAUUUCUCUUCGCAGGCAUGUAUGCCGUGUGCUACUGCGAGCAGCAGUGCCGCAGCCCAGUGCAGUGGAGCCUCUUGGAGUGGAAGCUCGUCGAAGGGCCUUCCAGGCAUCACAGCUGGCAGCGCUACAGGGGCCUCCUCUUCGACUUGACGCUGAACGGCUUUGGGCUUGGCGCCGGCAACCGCGUGGCUGUUUUCCCGGACGGCCUAGAAGGUUACCGGGCAUCUAGAUAG